CUAUACGUUUUUCUUCCUUCAAUUGAGAAAUUCAGAGCUUCAAUCAGAAUUCUAGCACCUUCCUUAGCUAAGCUCUCUCCUCUUGUCCUCACUCCGUCUCCAACUUCCUCUUUUACUUUGCCGGCCAAAGAUGGUUCCUUUGGCCCGGGCUCUGGCGGUUUCCUACCCCGCCGGACGCCCCUGCAUCAAUUCUCACGCACCUCCUCGCCGCUGGAGCUCCGGCUGGUUAAUUACUCGGCCGGAUCCCAAUUCGAGCUUGAAAUGGCGAUCCAAGGCGGCGGAAUCCGAUAAUACUCCUCCUCCUCCUCUGCCUUACACUUUCGCCGCUUCCGUUGACGCCGCCGACUCUGCUGCUGCUGGAUUUUGCAUCAUAGAAGGGCCGGAGACGGUGCAGAAGGAAUUGCAACAAAUUCAGGCCAACAUUCGGAGCCGGAGGAACAGAAUCUUUCUGCAUAUAGAGGAGGUUCGACGUUUGAGGAUACAACAGAGUAUAAAGAGCGCAGAACUUGGAAUCUCAGACGGAGAACCAGAGACCGACCUCCUUGAUUUCCCUUCUUCCAUACCCUUCUUGCCUCCUCUGGUUGCAGGAAUAUCGAGAACUAAGAACACGUCACCUAAGAUUGUUUCACUUCCACCUAGUCACCAGAGUACAAUCCAGCAGCUAAGAACAUAUGAGAAUAAUAAAGAUAACAAGAGUGAGUUGGACGGUUGGAGAUUGGUCUACCUAGACACCAGAGAACAAUAAUGUAAAGUGAUAUCAAUUUCUCGCAAAACGUUAAUAAUGUCAUUAGAAGUCAUUGUACGAGGUCAUGAUUGACUAGCUAUGAACAUGAUGUGGAAAUGUGAAUCGUUAAUAAAUAUGCUCUAAAUCAAUGAUAAUGAUACUUAAAUCAUUAAUAAUGAUGUGGUAUCUUUAAUAAUUUAUUCAUAAGCGCUGAUGAUGGAAAUAUAAAUUAGUAAUAAUUUAUCCAAAAUUAUUAAUAAUGUGAUUGUAAAGAAUUGAUAAGUAUACUGAAAUUUUAAUAGUGAUGGGUUGAUGAUGAAAUUGUUAAUUUUUCAUAUCAUAAGAGUUGAUGACGAAAAUGUCAACAUUUUUGUGCCUCCUAUUAAUACUAUACUAUUAUUAACCUAUGUAACAUAAUUAUCAACUAAGUUGAACGAACAUCAAAGUUCAGAGUAUUAACAUUUUUUUUGCAGCCUGUUAAUAUUCUAAUAUACUAUUAUUAACGUUCAAUCAUAAACCUAUUAAUAAUAUUAUUUAAGAGAAUCAACUUAAUGCAACUCAUCAUUAACAAUAAAAAGGGGUCCUUAAGGGCCGCUUUAUUAACAAAAACUCAUUUUUUCCAACGUAAGAUCUUAUACUAUUAACGUUUUUCAACCAUAAGAGUUUAUAAUAGUAAUGUUUUUCUGAGCCUCCUAUUAAAUAUAAUAUAUGAUUAUUAACCUAUGCAACAUAUCUUUAAUGAAGUUCAACGAUCAUAAGAGUUUAGGCCAUUAACGUUUUUUUCUUCUUAUUAAUAUUAUAAUAUACUAUUAUUAACGUUCAAACAUAGACUUGUUAAUAAUGUUAUGGAAGGGAAUCAACUUUAUGAAACUCACCAUUAGUAAUAAAAAAGUGUUGUUAAGUACCACAUUAUUAACAAAAACUAGUCUUUAUAACGUCAACCAUGCAAAAUGAAGCAACGACAUAAACCUACAACAAAGAUGUUUCGUAUCACGAACAGUGGAGAAUUUUCCGUAUUAACAAAUUUUCGAGAAGAUUAAAGGGAACGCCGCCAGCCACAAGCCUCCAUCCGACCGAUACCUCCUCACCUGUAGGCGUCGUCGGGAAAAAGGUUACACCGCCGCUGAUAUGGCAGGAUCAAUGGUGCUAAUAUGGUGCCGGGAUGGCGGCGAGAUGGCGGUGACAUUGUUGCCUUUGGCGAUGAAAGUACUAGCAGGCGUUGGCACGAUCGCCGAUCGGGGGACCGCCUGCGGGUGCCGAUGGGAGGUUGGUUGCAAGAUGGUGAAACGGUUGUCGACGACAGAUGAGAGGAGAGAAUAAUCUUAGGUUUUUUAU